GUGUAUGAACGAGGUCUAUCUUAUGUAGUAGAAGCUGGUACAAGUGCUGGGGUAAAGCUGGUGGUAAAGCUGGUGUAGAGGACCAUUGGAUCCGAGGCAAAUAACCCACGCCGGCUAACCCCGCUUCCGAGGUUUAUUACCCUCACUUCUUAUGUCACUCAGGUGGUCAAUCGGUGACGGUCCGAAUAGGCCCGCUCUUCCACGAAUCGACUUAUCGCAACUGGCAUCGACCGGGAAAUGACACGAGCUCUCAAGAUCAUCCCGCAGCGAAGCAUCUACAGCUACAUCCACAAGAGAAGGAUGUCCUCAACACCAUCCCUACCGAAAUUCGUCGUCUGGGCACCCGACUACACUGACGAGGGUGCUCUCGGACGAAGACUAGCAGUAAGACCUGCCCACCUCGAGAACAUCAAUAAACAAAUCAGUCAAGGCGUCCUACGGGUUGCUGGAGCGUUCAUGACGCCCGAAUCUGUUGAUGCAGCUGCAGCAGACAGAAAGUUUCGCGGCUCGUGCAUGAUUUACGAGGGCGAAAGUAUCGAUGCCGUGCGUCAGCUUGUGGAGGAGGAUCAUUAUUAUAAGACUGAUGUGUGGGACAAGGAGAAAAUCGUUAUUCUCCCCAUCGCAUUGGUAACGGGCCUUCCGCCUGUGCCUUCCUGAUACGUGCAGACAUCAAAGAUACUACUUAUGAAUGAAAGAUGUUAGCAAUCGACGUGAUAAUGAGACUUGUGAUCAGUCUGACAUUAGUAUGAUACGUCUUUGCUCGCUCGACUUGUCCGCGGUUAUACCAGUACUAGGCCCGAGCCUACGUGAUGAUACCACGCAAUCGCAAUCUUGA